AUGGCGGGAGCUUCUUCAGUGUAUAUGCAUUUGAAGAGCAGAGUGAGCCUUUGUAAUGUCACUGCUGCGGUCACUUCUUCUCCUAGUAGUAGUUCUGCAGAGGCCCAAAUUGGGAGCAGGGUUCAGCUCCCUGAGAAGACCCGAAACUCGCGGGUGCUGGUUCUGGGCGGAACGGGUCGGGUCGGAGGUUCCACUGCCAUUGCCCUCUCCAAGCUCUGCCCCGACCUCCAAAUUCUCGUAGGCGGUCGAAACAGGGAAAAAGGAGCUAAUAUGGUGGCUACACUUGGGGGAAACUCAGAGUUCUCUGAAGUAAAUAUUGACAAUGUAAAAUCAUUGGAAGUAGCUCUGAAAGAUGUGGAUCUCGUAGUUCAUGCUGCAGGGCCAUUCCAACAAGCAGAGAAGUGUACUGUAUUGGAAGCUGCCUUACAGACAAAGACAGCCUAUGUUGAUGUUUGUGAUGAUACAGCCUACUCACUGCGUGCAAAAUCUUUCAACAGUAGAGCGCUAGCUGCAAAUGUUCCAGCAAUAACAACUGGUGGAAUUAUCCCGGAGUGA